AUGAAUCUGGAAAUACUUGCUAGAGAAGAAGAAUUGACAGCAACGCGUCGCUUAUCGACAGCGCCGGCUCAGAUUGCCAGCUUUCUGCCAUAUUCCGGUGCACCACCACCCAAACCGCCUCGUACCGAUCGAGCAGUGCUAUCGAGCCUGAAGAAACGGAAGGAACGGGAAAUAGCCGCAGCGACUGCAGCCAGUUCGGAUACCCCACAAAGCAGUCAAGGACGACCAGAGCCGUUACAACAGGCACCGGUUCAUCAAUUGGUAUUGGAGGAAGGAAAUACCUUACAAAAACGGGUAAUGGAAACGGAAAAAGUAACUUUUUUCGAAAAAUUUUCCGACUUUCAUUCGACUAAAUAG